GUAAGCCCUUUGAAAACCAGGGUAAGAGUUGGUUCUAAUGUGUUGCUGAGCUGUAUGUUUGAUACUGGUGAAUCCCAUAUAGAUCUGACACAGCUAACUGUGACCUGGAUAUUUGAAGGAGGCCAUAUUGUGGCAGAUUUCAGCCAGGGAGAGAUAACACACUGGCAUGGUGUGAAGCUAUUCAAGGAUGGCUUACAUAAUGGGAAUGCCUCUUUGUUAAUCCAUAGUGUUACCAAAGAUGACGAGGGAUACUACAGAUGUCAAGUGAAAUAUUCCUCAGAGACAGCAUUUCAGCAGAUGAACUUACACAUCCAAGGGAGUGGACUUCACGUAUCAGUAAGCCCUUUGAAAACCAGGGUAAGAGUUGGUUCUAAUGUGUUGCUGAGCUGUAUGUUUGAUACUGGUGAAUCUCAUAUAGACCUGACACAACUAACUGUGACCUGGAUAUUUGAAGGAGGCCAUAUUGUGGCAGAUUUCAACCAGGGAGAGAUAGCACACUGGCAUGGUGUGAAGCUAUUCAAGGAUGGCUUACAUAAUGGGAAUGCCUCUUUGUUAAUCCAUAGUGUUACCAAAGAUGACGAGGGAUACUACAGAUGUCAAGUUAAAUAUUCCUCAGAGUCAGCAUUUCAGCAGAUGAACGUACACAUCCAAGACCCAGAAGCUGACAGCACUGAAAUCCCAGUCCUGAGGACAACAUCCAUGACAGAGCAGGAAGGUAAUCAGGUGACUCAGGUGAUUCCUGUGACAGAUGUCUAUGAGGUGGAAUCUAUGACAGCAGUGAAGAUGUCAUCUGUGACGCAGUCAAAGGAGGUUGUGUUGAAGUCGACUGAUACGGCAAAAGAGACACAGCCCAUGGCCUUGCUGAAAAGAGAACAUUCUAUAAUACUUGGAUGUCUGGUUGUAAUUGUAAUUAUAGCUGCUUCUGUCCUCAUAUAUUUUUGCAGUAGAAAAAGACAGAAAGAUAAAACUGCUGAAAGUGAUGCAGAUCUCUGAAUAUGAAGAAUUCAUUUGAACUUACAAAUAUGUUGGCUCUGGAAAAUCCAUUUCUCUUCAUACAUGUGUCAGCAACAAUUUAACACUGGCAGAGAGAUUUAAUGUUAGGUUGCUAUGUAAUUAUAUGCAAGGCAACUAUGAUUUGUGCUUUUUCUCUGUAAUAUAUAAGCCGUUCCCACAGUAUUGUUCAGACACCCAGUUUCCUGACUCAUCAAUAACCCACUAUCCUGAUUUGUUCCUUGCCAGCUUAAUUAUGCUAUGAUCCCAAAUUAUGGGGACUCUGUGGCUUCCAGGCUGUAAUUGCAAGCCUUAUGCCAUUUGGAAGGUACUGGAAACUGGUUCACCAGAUAUAACAAAUCAAUGGGGUAACUGCAGAGAUGGGACAGAUGUUACAUUUAUUUCCAUAAGUUAUUACUGUACAUGUUGUUUCUAGAAAGCAUUAUAUUGAGGAGAAACAAUGUAUUGCUAUUUCUCUUACUCCCUUUAAUCAGAAACCAGUGCAUUUCCACAAACACCCUUUAAAGCAAGCCUGCUGUGAUCUAAAAUAAACUGCUUAUGAAUGAAGUAAUUAGUCCAUAUCAAAGAAGUUUAUCCCAGGGGUUCUUGUCAUGAGUUUUUUAUUACCAAAUAGAAAAAUUAUGUGUCAGCUCAUUUUGAAUUUCCCUUUUCGCAUGUCUGCAAAUAGACUGAAGGUUUCUUUCAUGAAUCCUUUAUCAUCUUGAACUGCAUUCUUUCAUAAUCCAUGGUGUAUCCAAGCUUGUACAAUACAUUAUCCGUGGUGUAUCCGAAAUUGUACAAUACAUUCAUUCAUAUAGUCUAGGAUACCUGGUAUUAUAGAAUCAUCCUUUCUCAUCUUAACUCUUAAAAACACUUAGAAAAUACAUACAAAAAUCAACUAAUAGGUGUGUGUACGUUACAAAAAUAACAUAAAAUCUUAACCUAUUUAUGUAUAACAACUUCCCCCUCAAAUAUGUAAUCUAUGAAAACAAAAUUGCAUAUUUAAUAGAUAGUUGUUAUUUAACCCUGUAUUAGUCAUCAUUUGUUAUACUGAACAAAAUAUCAAAAAAAUGGACACUGAACCUCUUGGUCUCCUCCUUUUUAACAUUCUCACCAACACCAUACAACAGGCCUCCCUAAUACAGUGCACAUACUCACAUCCAUACAACAGGCUUCUGAAAUACAGUUCUCAAACUCACAUCCAUACAACAGGCCUCCCUAAUACAGUAUGCAGACUCACAUCCAUACAACAGGCCUCCCAAAUACAGUACGCAGACCCACAGCCAUACAACAGGCCUCCCUAAUACAGUAUGCAGACUCACAUCCAUACAACAGGCCUCCCUAAUACAGUACACAGACCCACAGCCAUACAGUAGGCCUCCCUAAUGCAGUACGCAGACCCACAGCCACACAACAGGCCUCCCUAUUACAGUACACAGACCCACAGCCAUACAAUAGGCCUCCCUAAUGCAGUACACAGACCUACAUCCAUACAACAGACCUCCCUAAUACAGUAUGCAGAUUCACAUCCAUACAACAGGCCUUCCUGAUACAGUACGCAGACUCACAGCCACACAACAGGCCUCCCUAAUACAGUACUCAGACUCACAGCCACAGAACAGGCCUCCCUAAUACAGUACUCAGACCCACAGCCAGACAACAGGUCUCCCUAAUACAGUACGCAGACCCACAGCCACACAACAGGCUUCCCUAAUGCAGUACUCAGACUCACAGCCACACAACAGGCCUCCCUAAUACAGUACUCAGACUCACAGCCACACAACAGGCCUCCCUAAUACAGUACUCAGACU